GUUACAGAAAAAAACAAACGAAAAUGUGAGCACAGUGUUAUUCGGUUAUUUUUAUGUUAUUAAUUUAUUUUAUCAGAUAUCAUAACAAUUAGAGAUUAUAAAUGACAUUGGAUUUCGUAAUCUAAAAAUAAAAGUGAUAGCGCGACAGGAAAUCCCGCAGGAAAUGAAGACAUACAAGUCGCGAGCUCGCAGACUUUUAAUUUAGUUUCCAUUUGCGAAAAUCAUGGGUACCACGUAUAGAGAGUUGUUUAAACUAUACGACUUAAUUCAAAGUGGAGAUUCAGGAUCAGUGGAACGUUUUUUAAAUGAUAAUUCUGUAGAUUUAAAUUUGAUUUUGCCAUGUAAAGGCAUUGGAGUGUUACAUUUAGCUGUUGGUAUAGAACACCUAGAUAAGUCCAGAGAAUGCACAGAAAUUAUUUUAAAGCAUGGUGGAGAUCCAAACUUGAGCAAUGAUGAUGGCGUAACACCUGUUCACAUUGCUGCAAUAUGGGGUAAAGUUGACAAUUUAAAGCUGCUUUUGGGUUGUGGAGGUGACCCAUCCAGGUGUGAUUUGGAUGGUAUCUCAGCGUUCGACUAUGCUGUGAGAGAACAGCAAUGGGAAGUCUAUGACUAUCUCCACAAUGUUGUAGACCUAAGCGAUGACUCCAUUGGAUCCCAAUGUGCAUAUACUCUCGAUUUAGAGCGAAUACGAGUGACUACAGACCAAAUGGUUGCUGAAUAUGAACCAGUUGACGAAAACAAAUUGAACAACGCAACAGUUAGCAGAAAAUCCGAGAUGAUACGAGAUUGGUGUGACCAGAAUAGUUUAGUUAUUAACAAACUCUACCCGACAAUACUUGGGGAGACAUUUCUUCUCGAAAACGAAUCAGAGCCUUGGCGAAACCCAAAUUUCAGACAAACCUUCGACGAUACAAAUAACAAUUUAGACGAGACUUCAAACACUUUUAAGACUUGUUUAUCGAAAAGGAGUGUAGAAAUAAGUGGUAUACGAGCGAUAGAACAAACAAUUGAUAAAACCAGAUUAUCAUGCCAUUGUACAAAUGAUGUCAUACGACGUGGAAGUGUGUACGAGAAUUUCUCUCUACCGGGCUCACCAAAUAGCAUUAUCCACAAGAAUUACAAUAACAAGACGAGUUUAAAGAAAUGCAAGAAUCACUCAAAUAAUUCGACCACUAAUGACUUAAUUAAGCUAUCUCACACACAAAGUCAAUCGACUGACGAAUCGCAGGUUAAUUUAGAUAGGGUUUUGGCCGUGGCACAGAAUAAAACAAAUGAAUGGCUGUCUUCGUGUAGUGAUGUCUGCGGUGAGGAUGUUAAAUUAGGCACAAAUACCAGGAGAUCAUCAGCGAGCAGCGGUGUUAGUAGCAACUUCUCUGGGAGUAUAGUAUUAGCUAAUGUGCAAGAGGAAUAUAAAUACGAAGAUAAGGAAGAAGACGUAGUACUUAUUGAAAGGCGGUUACUGAUUACAUCUGUUGUACUUCCUGUUGAAGAAACAGCCGAAACACCAGAUCAGACAACUCUAUCCGUGGCCUCGUCUCUUCCUUCCUCAAUGGAGUAUGAUAACAACACACUGAGGGCUGAACUUGUCCGUUUAGGUUUUAACCCAGGCCCAAUACAAGAAAACACUAAGAUGUUGUACUUGAAAAAACUUCAAGCUUUAAAAAAGAACCCUAUUGUUGUCCAACGUGAUAAUAAAACAUAUAGCGUGGAACUGGAAAAAUCACUCCGAAGUGACGACUGGAUACAAAAUCUAUCCCCAUACAUCGAACUUGAAAACAUAGCGAGAUCGGAUUUCUCGAAACUAGACAAAAAAUGGCGGGAAGGCAACGCGAAAACAUCAUUUACAUACCUACUCCUUGACCCGAGAGUGACAGCCAACCUGCCUGCCAAAGCUGGGAGACAAAACCCUUACUCGUCCUGGAAUACUUUCAUAAAUUCAAUCUUUUAUGUUGGAAAAGGUAAACGCUCAAGACCGUAUUCUCACUUAUAUCAGGCGCUCAUUCUUUGGAAGAAAAAUUUCAAACAGUCGGGUGAUAAAAAAGUUCAACAUAUCCUCGACAUAUGGUCCGACAAAGUGGGGGUUAUAUGUCUACACGUAUUCCAAAACGUUAUUCCCGCCGAAGCGUACACGUACGAAGCCGCCAUGAUUGAUGUCAUUGGACUUCCAAAUUUGAAAAAUUUAAAAACUGGCAACUAUUAUGGCGUCGCGUCUUCAUGGCCGCACAGGGAACGCCGCAUGCUAGGCUUAUAUCUCUUAUAUAAAGCCAUGCUUAUAUUUCUUUGCGAAGGCGAAAGGCAACUGAGACCUGACGAUAUAUAGACUGAUAUUUAAUUUUUUACUUUUAAUAAUUAUUUAUAAAUAUGUUUAGCUGUCUAAUAGACUAAAACCUGAAUAGACCAAAAACUAUAAGCAGGGUAUGCAUUCGUAAAUAAACAGUGAAACGCAUAUCUCAAUGUAUAUGAAGGUAUCGGAUGUGGUCGAACUUCGACCACACGUUUUUGGCCACAUAUAUACUG